AUGCCCCCUCACAUCUGCUCCGUGGCACAGAGAGCCUACUGGAGCCUGCUCAUGCACCGGCAGGACCAGGCAAUUGUGCCCUUGGGGAGAAGUGGUGCCGGGAAAACAACCUGCUGCCAGAGCGCUCUGGAAUACCUGGUGGGCGCUGCCCGCAGCGUGGACAACAGAGUCUCAGUGGAGAAGAUUCAGGCCAUGUUCACAAUCCUCAAAGCCUUUGGGACAGUGACCACCUGUCACAAUGGCGCCUCCACUCGCUUCUCCAUGGUCAUGUCGCUGGAUUUCAACGCCACAGGCCAAAUAACAGCCGCUCACCUCCAGACGAUGCUGUUGGAAAGGGUCCGUGUCGCACAGCAACCAGAAGGAGAGAGCAACUUCAGUGUCUUUUCUCAGAUGCUGGCAGGCCUGGACAUGGCUCACAGGACGAUGCUGCACUUGCACCAGAUGGCUCAGAGCAACUCCUUUGGAAUCGGGCCGUGUUCGAAGACUGAAGAGAAGCAGAAGGCUUCUGUGGCAUUUGCCCAGCUUCAAGCUGCUAUGGAGACGUUGAGAAUCACGGUGGAUGAGCAGACUGCCAUUUGGCGUGUGUUAGCAGGGAUCUAUCACCUGGGAGCUGCAGGGGCUUGUAAAGCAUUUCAUCAGUGCUCCAGGGAGAGAAGAGGCAUGGUCACUGAAGGAAUUAUCCAUCCUGGUUUGUAG